UACUCCCGGGUUAGGAACAGAAGUAUAUAUGCUUUAUUGCAGAGAAGGGAUUGUGACAAAAUGGUGUUGAAUGAAUGACCAUCACUUGCUCUUUACUCACAGGCUCGAUUCUCAUAUGUGCGGAUGAAGUAUCUCUUCUUUUCCUGGCUGGCUGUUUUUGUUGGAAGCUGGAUUAUAUAUGUGCAAUAUUCUACCUAUACAGAACUAUGCAGAGGAAAGGAUUGUAAGAAAAUAAUAUGUGACAAGUACAAGACUGGAGUUAUUGAUGGGCCUGCAUGUAACAGUCUUUGUGUAACAGAAACACUUUACUUUGGAAAAUGCUUAUCCACCAAGCCCAACAAUCAGAUGUAUUUAGGGAUUUGGGAUAAUUUACCAGGAGUUGUGAAAUGUCAAAUGGAACAAGCACUUCAUCUUGAUUUUGGAACUGAAUUGGAGCCAAGAAAAGAAAUAGUGCUAUUUGAUAAACCAACUAGGGGAACUACUGUACAGAAAUUCAAAGAAAUGGUCUACAGUCUCUUUAAGGCAAAAUUGGGUGACCAAGGAAACCUCUCUGAACUAGUGAACCUCAUUUUGACGGUGGCUGAUGGAGACAAAGAUGGACAGGUUUCCUUGGGAGAAGCCAAGUCAGCAUGGGCCCUUCUCCAGUUAAAUGAAUUUCUUCUCAUGGUGAUACUGCAAGAUAAGGAACAUACCCCCAAACUAAUGGGGUUCUGUGGUGACCUCUAUGUGAUGGAAAGUGUUGAAUAUACCUCUCUUUAUGGAAUAAGUCUUCCAUGGGUCAUUGAGCUUUUUAUCCCAUCUGGGUUCAGAAGAAGCAUGGACCAGUUGUUCACACCAUCCUGGCCAAGGAAGGCUAAAAUAGCCAUAGGACUCUUGGAAUUUGUGGAAGAUGUCUUCCAUGGGCCCUAUGGAAACUUUCUUAUGUGUGACACUAGUGCCAAAAACCUAGGAUAUAAUGAAAAAUAUGACUUGAAAAUGGUGGAUAUGAGAAAAAUCGUGCCAGAGACAAACCUUAAAGAACUUAUUAAGGAUCGUCACUGUGAGUCUGAUCUGGACUGUGUCUAUGGCACAGAUUGCAGAACUAGCUGUGACCAGAAUACAAUGAAGUGUACUUCUGAAGUGAUACAGCCAAACUUGGCAAAAGCUUGUCAGCUACUCAAAGACUACCUACUGCGUGGUGCUCCAAGUGAAAUCCGUGAAGAAUUAGAAAAGCAGCUCUAUUCUUGUAUUGCUCUCAAAGUCACAGCAAAUCAAAUGGAAAUGGAACAUUCUUUAAUACUAAAUAAUCUAAAAACAUUAUUAUGGAAAAAAAUCUCCUACACAAAUGAUUCUUAGUUAACUCAGACAUUGUUCCCAUUGUAGGAAACUUCUAAGUUUUGAAGAACAACUUUUAAGAAUCUAAAACAAUGGUUUCUGACUGAAGAUCCCUUCUUCUGGCCUGUGAAGUCAUCAUCAAUGCACAUAACUGCAGAAGUAAUGGCCAGAGGUAUAGGAUCAAUAUGCCCCAAAAGAUUUCAUUCCUGUCCUUCCUGAAGGACAUUCUAUUACAUUUCACAAGUACAUUCACUGUGUACUUAAAAAAUACUGUGAGAACCCUCAUUCCAUAAACAGUGAGUGUUUGGUAGGUUUGUUAGCCAAAAUACCCAUUGCCGGAAACAUUGUUUGCAUCAAAGCUGCUGUUAAGGAAAGUGUAUUCAUAAAUUUAUAAUGUCUUAGCAUGGUAAAGUUUGCACAUAACAAAUUAAGUAAGACUGCAAAGCAGAUGAAUUAAAAUUAUUCCUUUAUAAAACGAUGUUGGGUUAAUAGCAUGGUUUAUUAGCUUCAACCAGACCUCCACUUAUUUCCUUGGACUGAAGAUGUAGCUCUGUGCUAAGUGUGAAGAACAGUGCAAAGUAAAAUAAAAAAAAACCUGACAUCUUAAGGCCAAACUCAGACAAGAUCCACAAAUCCUGAUUUUGAGCCAUGGAGAAAGUGGGAUAUAAAAAAAAAACAAAACUGAA